AUGACCUCCAAUGACAACUAUAGCGUCUUCCGAGAAUGUCUCUCAAGCGCGAUCGUCGCCCGCUCCGAAAAGCCGAAGACCGGCCAGCGACGACCCAGGGCCAGGCGCAAUGGCCGCAAAGGAGUGACCACUGCCAGCACCGAUACGGCGCUGCCUGAACGAGUGGAUCCAGAGGAAUUGGCCGAGUUUGUUGAUUUCAUCGCAACAGAAGUCUUCACCUCCUUUCCAGAGGCCCUCCAAGCCCUCACAUACGCUGCAAUUCAGCACGAUCCACAUCUCGCAUCCAUCUACGUCCCGGCAGACGCAGACACGCCAUUAGACCGCACCGUCCUCGAUACCCUCUGCUCGACGGUUCCUGUAACAGUAACCGAUUCCCUCUCUGUCUAUGGGCUCAUUCCGGAUGCGGAUGAUCUGCCGGAGUUCCUAUCCCCUGUACUCAGCGAGUAUACGGCGAGCGUGACCAGCGCGCCACCGGUCUGGAGCACCACGCGCGCGGACGCGUGCGAGAUCUGCGAGCGCGACUGGAUCCCGCUGUCGUACCACCAUUUGAUUCCGCGCGGUGUGCAUGCGAAGGUGUUGAAGAAAGGAUGGCAUGAUGAAUGGAUCUUGAACAGUGUUGCGUGGUUGUGCCGCGCUUGUCAUAGCUUUGUGCAUCGCAUGGCAAGUAAUGAGGAGCUGGCGAGGGACUACUAUACUGUGGAUAUGAUCAUGGAGAGGGAGGAUGUGCAGGAUUGGGCACGGUGGGUUGGGAGGGUGAGGUGGAAGGCGAAGUAG